AACAUCCUGGUCAAAGUGUUGGAGAAUGACACUUGUCAGACUAUAUUACUGGAAGCGUCUAGAACUUUCUUACAACUACAAGUAGCUUCCUGGACAAAUAGUGUUAACAUUAUUUGCAUCACACCUUACUAGGGAGUUCUAGAACAGUCUAACUGUCCACAUGCUACCAUGUGCUUUGCUAACAUGUGCACAUCAUUCUAGAACAUUCUGUUACAUUAUAUAGGAGCCG